AUGGCGCCCAGCCGACCGUCCUCCGGGCCCGAUGCCCCCAAGCUCCCCGCCUCGGCCGAUUUCAAUGCCCUCUACAACCGCAUCUCCCUCGCCUCGGCGAAGCAAGCGACAUUCCUCACGUCGAUGCGCGCAAAAUACCCAUCCCUCGCGCGGUCAACCUCCGCCAAGACCCCGUCCACGGCCGCCGCCGCCCCGGCCGCCACGAACGGUGGAACCUUUUCUUCCCUUGGGAGACCGGAACCCGAACCUACGGCGGCGGCGGCGGCGGCACCCGCGGCCCCCUCGAAAACACCCCGCGACGACGCCGACCUCCGCUUCGAGAACCCGAACACGGGCCUCGGCUACGCCGCCCCGAAAUCAGAACAGGCCGCCUCGGCCGCGACGCGCGACCUGAGCCGCCGCCUGCUGGGGAACAAACGAGGCCGCGCGGAAGACCCAAAGACCGCCGCCGCCGCCGCCCUCGCGAAGCGCAGGCUGCAGGACGAAGAGAGUGAGGAGGAGGAAGGAAGAAGCGGGGUGGGACGCAGCAAGAAGAGGAAGGUUCGACGGGAGAGUCCCGAGCCGGCGGGGCCAGAGCCGACGGCGGCGGCGGCGGCGGCGUCGGCGCCGGUGGUCGAAGUGACGGCAGAGAAGGCUGAUGUGGAGAUGCACGAGGGAGAUGACGCGCCCGCCGAAGUUUCCCUUCCCGACGACGUACAAGGCACGACGAGGGCCGGCGCUGAGAGGCAAGACGCUUCCGGCUCGGUCGAGAAUGUCGCCGUGCCGGCUGACCCUGCCGAGUCAGGAAGUCGACCCGAUAUGGGGGAGACCUCGAAGAAGAGACGGAAGAAGAACAGGAACAAGAAGAACAAGGCGGCUGCGGCGGCGGCAGCAGCAGGAGCCAGCGAGAGAGAAGACGAGUGA